CGUACUUCAUUGGUCGGACUCGGUAGAGUAGAAGUUUUGUACAUAAAGUGCCGACGUGCGACUCUUUAGAAAAAUCUCAUUUCCAAUUUGAUCGCUUUUUUACAUAUUUGACUAUUCAGAAAUAUAUCUGAAGCUAUAAACAAAUUGGUGGUAGCGUAGUGAUUUAAUUUAAAUUAAUAAACAUAAUAAUGGAAGGUGAAAUGAAAUUGUUCACGCGCGAAGAACUGAAGUCCCGGUCUACGCGUGCUGACGCCGUACUAAUUAUCCACAACGAAGUCUACGACGUCACAAAAUUCCUCCUCGAGCACCCUGGCGGUGAAGAGGUACUUCUGGAGAAAGCAGGUCAAGAUGCUUCCGAGCCGUUUGAGGACGUGAGCCACAGUUCUGAUGCCAGAUCGUUGAUGAAGAAGUACAAGAUCGGGGAGUUGGUGGAGAGCGACCGCGUGCAGACCCGAGCCGGCUUCAGCCCGCAGUGGACCAACGAGCAGGCGCAGGAGCAGGGCAAUUGGAGCUCCUGGCUGACGCCGCUGCUGCUGGGCGUGGCGGCCACGCUGCUCUACAGGUACCUGUUUGUCUAGGCAACACGCUCGCCCGACACUCGCUACUUCACUACUUUGUAUUUUUGAUAUGUACGAUGACACGAAUUUUAUAAAAAAAAUAGAACAGUCGUUUCUCGUUACAAAAGCGAAACUCCUAUGACUACACAGAGAUAACUAAUUUCCAUUCCGUUUAAAACUCGUAUAGAAUAAAAUUCGAUACUACUCUUUUACUUUGACUAGGCUCAAAGGAGUUUCACUUUUCUAAAUGAUAAUUUAAAAAAAACGCGGGAUCGUUGACAUUGCGCUGUUAAGUUAAACUUUUUUUGUCUUAUUGUCAAAUAUUAAAGUAUUUAUUUAAUCUCUUGAUAAUAAUAUGAUUGUAAUUUAAGGUAGUUUGAACAAAGCUAUCGCGAUCAUCAAAACCAGUUCUUAAACGAUAAUUUAUUGUAAAAUUUCAUAAUAGUUUAAACCUUCGUGUUGGUCGUACACGUCGAAUGGCAUUUCGAAGCAGUGCGAGUACAACACAAACCUUCGUUAGCAUAGUUAUUGUAACGCAAACGAUCCCUGUGACGAGCAUUUUCAAUUCCAUUUAAAAGUCUGGAUAAAAUAUGUAAAGAGACCGAACGGAUGUAAACCGUAGAUUAAAUAACAGAUGUAACAAAAAGAUUUUGGAUAAGAUCGUAUUUACAUUUUGUAUACAAAAUGCUUGGAGAUUUUCGGGUACACAUUUUCAGCCCUGGGCUCAAAAAUGAAGGUCAAUUUAAUUCCGUCCCAACUCCGAUGUCCCAGUUAGACCUCCGCCCCAUCCUGCUCGUAGGUACAGGAUGUAUGCACGCCGCGAGCGCAGUGCCGACACCGGUCUGGUCCCGCGAGGCUACUCCACUCUAACAGAGCGUGUAUCUUGUCUCCUCACGGUCCAUUUGUUUAUUGACAAACUAAUAACCGCUACAAUUUGACCAAAAGAGUUCGACGAGAAUUGUGAGAUUUUGGAAACAAAUCUUUUUGUUACAUUUCACAUGAAUAUUGAACUAUGUUGCAGCAAACCUAAUAUUCAUUUUAUGCAUCAGUAGCUAAGCAGAGAUUUGCUAACAAAUUAUGAACUGACUAUUGGGUGCAUGAAUGUACUGCGGUCACGCUCUCAACUAUACUUUGUAUUUUUAUAACGCCCUACUGAUGUCACUUGAAAGCCAUUUAUUUAUCAAAUAAAUAGAUAGAUAUUUGUAAAAAUAACCCUAUACCUCGCUCUCAGUUGUUUUAAUCAUCGACACCAUCAGUGUGCUUAGUGCGAGUUCCUUAACGUUAUCGAUAGCGUAAAAGUUAAGCCAAUUUUGUAUGCAGUUGGAACAGCGCCCCUAGCGGCAAACGUAAGCAAACGAUCCCAUUCCAUACAAAUAUGAGCUAACUUUUACACCAUCCAGAACGUUAAAAAACUCGCACUAAGCACACAGAACCGAUGGAAACAGGCCUGCCACCAAUUUGGUUCAUGAAUACAAUUUUCAUAUUUUAAUUUAGUAAUUGUGUAAAAUUAUAUAUAUAUGUAUAUCUUUACGUAUGUUAAGUAUGCAUGUAAAAAAUUUUGGAAAAAUCCAUGCAAUGUGUAUGGUUAAUAAACAUUCAAAGGGCAUCUACAAGUGUACAGUGUGCUUAGUGCGAAUUUUUGAUCUUCUCAAUCUUCUAGACCUAGCGGCAAACGAAGAGAAACGGUUCCAACUCCAUACAAAUUCGAGUUAACUUUUACGCUAUCGAGAACGUUAAAAAACUCGCACUAAGCACACUGCACGCGGUUGUGGCUAUAGCCACCAAUAGCAGAUC